CUCUAGCUCGGUAGAAGCGAACUGUGCUGUACCCGUUCGUAUUGAACGUAUUCUGCAGUGUUGUACAUGGGAUCCCCAGUAACUAAUGACUCGGAAAUUCUUAUCAUUGCUUUACUUUAUUAGUCUUUUCCAUGGUCCCCACUCAAACGUCACUCGCAGAACCCCGCCCGACUAUCAGUGCCAGCUAAUUACCUUGUGAAAUAAAGCUCUCGGCUACCUCGUGAAGCUCUACAGCGACUAAUAUAAAAGAUCCUUUACAGCUCGGUUCUGCAUUAUACCACCUCCAAACCUUCUCCCCUCGAUCUAAUACAAUCUUGUUAAUUCAAUCAUGGCUUCAUAUCCUCCCGGCAAAUGCUGCGGCGUCGGCGUAAAGCAUGAAGGCACCGCAGAAGGAGAGGUGAAAACUCUCGGGGGAGUACGAACAUACCUCACCUACCCCAAGGACAAAUCCACCCACAACGCCAUCCUCAUCCUCACCGAUGUAAUGGGCAUGGACUCCAUAAACGUCCAACUGAUAGCAGACCAAUUCGCCGCCAACGGCUACUUCACCGCGAUCCCGGACCUCUUCAACGGCAAUGUGGUGCCCAUGAACCCGCCGGCCGACUUCGACAUCAUGAAGUGGCUCGGCACCGAGAUGCCGCACGUCCCCGCCGUGGACCCGAUCGUUGAGGCCGUCAUCAAAGACUUGCGAGGCAACUAUGGCGUGAAGAGGCUCGGGAGCGCCGGGUACUGUUUUGGGGCCAAGUAUGUUUGUAGGUGGUUGAAGGGGGGGAAGUUGGAUGUUGGGUAUGUGGCGCAUCCGAGCUUCGUGAAUGCGGAGGAGUUGGAGGGGAUUGAGGGGCCGUUGAGUAUUGCUGCUGCUGAAACCGACUCAAUCUUCCCAGCCGAAAAACGCCACGAGUCCGAGAAGAUCCUCGAGAAGCACACCGUCCCCUACCAGAUCAACCUCUUCUCCGACGUCGAGCACGGUUUCGCCGUCCGGUGCGACCUCAGCAAGAAGAGGCAGAAGUUCGCAAAGGAGCAGGCUUUCUGCCAGGCAGUCUCCUGGUUCGACGAGUAUCUCCAGGACGAUGGUGCCGCCGCGUAAGUCGUCGGUGAAGUUGUAGGGCGGAC